CUCCACAUUGGUUCUUCAGCUCUCUCUCUACUCCAGCAUUAAGAGAUUCGAAUAGCUACACGAUGGCCUUAAAGGUGGAAGCUAAAGGUGGAAAUGGAGGGACUCAAUGGGAUGAUGGAUUCGAUUAUGAAGGUGUGACAAAGAUACAUGUACGAGGUGGUAAUGAAGGAAUUCAAUUCAUCAAAUUUGACUAUGUCAAGGAUGGAAAAACUAUUGCAGGACCAGUCCAUGGUGUCUCUGGUCGUGGUUUGACACAAACGUUUGAAAUUAACUAUUCGGGAAAAGAAUAUCUGUUAUCUGUCGAGGGUUAUUACGAGAAAUCCACCGGUGUGAUUCAAUCAAUCCAAUUCAAAACUAACCAGAAGACUUCUGAUUUGAUGGGGUUCAACGAUGGUACUAAGUUUUCAGUAAGAGCCACCAGAAGCAGGAUCAUUGGGUUUCAUGGAUUUGCUGACAAGAAUGUCAACUCUCUUGGAGCAUAUUUCAUCAAGAUUCCUUCUACCAAAUCGGCAAUGCAAGGUGGUCAGAAUACAGGCAAAGGUUAUGACCAUGGUGGUGACUAUGAUGGCAUAAAAAAAGUGUACGUUACAUUUGAUGGCACUGCAAUAAGGCAUUUGAGGGUCGACUUUGACAAAGCCGGUCAAGUGGAAACCCAUGAGCACGGGGUCAAGAUCGGAACACAACAUGAGUUUGCCGUCAACUAUCCCUAUGAAUAUAUCACAUCUGUGGAAGGAAGCUACGCAGUUACCAGUCCUUAUGGAUGUAUUGUCCUUAGGUCGUUAACUUUCAAAACAUCAAAAGGAAGAACCUCAGUAAUUGGAACAGUGGUUGGUACCAAGUUCGUGCUGGAGAGCCAAGGCAAUGCUAUUGUUGGGUUCCAUGGACGGGUAGGUUCUUGUGUUGAUAGUAUCGGGGCAUAUUACACUCCGUUGCCUCCUUCUCCUCCUCCAGAGAAACUAGAGGGACAAGGCGGGGAUGGAGGAGAUUCUUGGGAUGAUGGUGCUUUCUUGAAUGUGAAGAAGAUAUACAUAGGACAAGGAGAUGUUGGUAUCGUCUCCGUUAAGUUUGAGUACGAGAACGACGCUAGUGAGGUGGUUGUGGGAGAUGAACAUGGAACUAAGACACUGCUUGGAUACGAAGAGUUCGAGCUAGAUUAUCCGAGUGAAUACAUCAUAUCGGUGGAGGCUUGCUACGAUAAGGUAAUGGGAGCUGAAACUGGAGUAAUAACCAUGCUUAAGUUCAAGACAAACAAACGCACUUCUCAACCAUUUGGACUUGAAUCUGCUUUCAACUUCGUCCUCCAGAAGGAAGGUCACAAAAUCACUGGGUUCCAUGGAAAAUCCGGUACUGUGCUUCAUAAGAUUGGGGUCCAUGUCGUUCCCAUCACCGAGUGAUCUUAUAUAGCUUACCGAAUUAACUAUCCUCAGAUCAAGUUCGGUUAUGCUGCUUUCAUAUAUGAAUCUGUAUUAGUCUCUCCUCUGUUGUCUGUUUGCGUUUCUUUCUUUUUCUUUUCAAGCAUCGCUUGUAAUAAUAAAAUAAGGGUUCUAUUUUAACUUUUCAGAUAAUAAAAAGACAAAUGUUUACCCUAUUAGCUAGAUAAUAUUUGAUAAAUGAAGAUCAC